AUGUCUCUCGAUCCAACCGCGACUAUUAAAAUUUUAGGUCUUCACUGGAAUCCUCAAUCAGAUUCCAUCGUCUAUACGGUCAAACUACCAGAUCAGGGAGUCAUAAAAGUAGGAGGCAGGCUUCAGAAUGCUAACAUAGCACCUUCUCAAAAGCAUCCAAUUGUCUUACCGCGUAAUCAUCACGUGACCAACUUAAUUAUUCGGGAAGAACACAUCAAAUUAAAACACGCCGGCGCGCAAGCAACUCUUUAUGGCGUACGAGAACAGUAUUGGCCAAUUGACGGUCAAAAUGUCACGCGGCACAUUAUUCAUAAAUGCGUCAAAUGCUUUCGAGCGAAACCUCGCGGAAUUGACCAUAUUAUGGGAAAUCUACCUGAAAAACGUCUCUGUUAUUCUCGACCUUUUCUAAAUGUCGGCGUAGACUAUUGCGGACCCUUUUAUAUAAAAGAAAAACGCCACAGAAACCGUAAGAGUGAAAAAGCCUACGUCUCAAUUUUCAUAUGUUUUGCAACAAAGUCCGUCUAUCUGGAACUGGUCAGCGAUCUAACGACUGAAGCUUUCCUCGGUAGUCUAAAAAGGUUCUUUUCUAGCCGGGGGAGGGCUAGCAUAAUUCACUCUGAUAAUGGCAAAAAUUUCGUAGGUGCCAACAGAGAAUUAAAAGAACUAGACAAGUUCAUACAAACAACGGAGGCCGCAGUGAAGUCGUUUAAACACCAUUUGACACGUACUGUAGGAAACACAUUACUGACUUACGAACAAUUUCAGACGUAUGUUAUCGAAAUUGCGGCAAUAUUAAACUCUCGUCCUCUUACCCCAAUGUCCUCUGACCUAAACAACCUUCUUCCUCUGUCUCCCGGACACUUCCUCAUCGGUGCCUCUCUAACAAGCUUCCCACCGGCGGACUAUCGCAAUCUACGAGCCAAUCAGUUGUCAACAUGGCAACAUGCACAACAGAUGAGAGAUCACUUCUGGUCUAGGUGA